ACUGUCGUGGCUGUUGUCGAGAAUUUCGCCGUUGAGCAGACACAUCAAGAACAAGCAAGCGCAGCAGCAGCCCCCGCAAAAGGCAGGCAGAAUUGGAGGUGGAGCCAGAAGAAGCCAUUCAGGUGCGGUCACUGUCUAAUGGCAGACUACCGGAUGAGCUGUUCUCGCUUGUGUCCGAGCUCGAAAAGGUUGCAAGUGGUGAUACCCCAGUGCUGCACGCGUCGCUUAGGCAGGAGCUGAAAUAGGCGGAGGAGGAGGCAAAGGAGAGGCGUGCGUUGGGGUAUCGCAUACCUGAUUCCGCAUUUACGGGCGCAGCAGAAGACACGACUACAGACUUGAUCACCGACAUCCCCGCUGCUAAAGUCUGCGAGUUGCUUCUCGCCGCUUUGCGCUGUCAAGAACGCAAACAUGACGAAAAUGGGUGGAACCAAGCUGUACAUUACCAACUGCUACGCCUGGCGCUUCCAGCCGAUGGAUUCGUUGAUUUCGAGCCUUGCACAACCGCAAGAAUCACUCCCGAAAUCCUCCCGAGGUCUUCUUCGUCGGGAAAAAAGGUCGAUUACUGUUUUAUAAUUAACGGAGCGUCCGCUUUUGACGAGCCGGCGAUGGAGGCGGCCAAUAGGACUGGCACAUGGAAGACACCGGCACAAAUCAUCGAGAUACUGCGGCGCAGGACGCCCGGAACAUCAAUCAAUCAUACCGAUUUUGGCCCCCUAAACAAAUGGCCCAUCGCCCUCAGCGUCGAAACCAAAAGACCCGGCGAGUCUGGCGAAAAGGCUGAGCUGCAGGUGGGGGUCUGGCAGGCCGCACAGUCGAGGUCGCUCGAAUGGCAACGGCAGGAACAAAAGCAUAAACUACAGAUUCCACAGCAUUCACGGCAGUCACUGGCCGCUAUGGAUGUGGAAGACGAGACAGUUGAAGGAGCGGCGGUGAUCGGGGUCAUGGGCCCGAAUAUUGCCGGAAUUACCACACCUAGCCAGACCUCGAUACCUCCUACCACACCUGACUUAGUGUUUCUCCCGGCACUGAUAAUUGUCGGUCACGACUGGAAAUUCGCAGCCACAACUCGAGAGGACUGCGAUGGCGGCCGGACAGUACUGUGGACUGAAUCUACUGUUGGUAGCACCAGCAAUCUGCUCGGCAUCUAUAGGAUUAUUUGGUGUGUCCGCCGGCUGGCAAGGUACGUAGAGGAAAGGCAUUGGCCGUGGUACGCUGAGUACAUUCUAGGCCUGCGUCUCGAGACAUAG